AGGAGCGAUGGUCGUUCGGCGGUUCCUUCAUGGCAGCGGCGACGAGCGCGAGGAGCCCGUAGGCAUGCUCUUCGUGUACACGGCGGCCUUGUCCAUGUCGGUGGGGAUGUCGUUGGCUUCGUGCUUCACCGUGUUCAAGUGGAGCGACGUGAUGCGUGACGCAGGUCACGGCGCCAUGUUUAUGGUAUUCGUGUCCGAGGGGCUGUGGUCGAUCAUGUCCCUCGUUCGAAACUUUGCCGUGUACUUCAACGACCGCCAAGACACGAUGGACAGCUCGACGAUCUUGCGGCUGUCAGUUCCUUGUGAAGUCUUCUUCAACGCGACGUCGCUGUGGUUCAUCCUCAUUGCGUACGAGAUCCAUCGGAGGGCCCUGCGGCCUCGCUCCGAGCGCAGUAGCCGUGCCGCCAUGUUGCGUUACUGCAUUGGCAUCUACGGCAUUGCUGCGUGCUUGAUGGCAACGCUAUUCAUCUUGGACGUGACGGGCUUUCAGAUUGAAGAGCUCGAUGACGAUACAGGCAAGCCCAAGAAGGAGCCCAUCGCGGAAUUCGUGCUGGGGAACUUGUCCUGGGCAACGUGGGGCAUUCGGUUUGCGUCAGUUCUGUUUGCGGGGGCGAUGGCCGUCCAGCUCUUCCGCAAGAAACACCAUGUGGCCUAUCAGAAGCUCCCCAUGGCCCUCGUGUGGAUUGUUGUGGUUUUCUGUCUCCUCAACACCCCCUACCUCGUCCUCGAGCCCCUGUGUGACUUUGAAGUUAUACACAUCGCCGGCAUCCCGUGGAUGCCCAGCGCCCUCAAGUGCGCCACGUACUUGCACGGCGCUGUCAUUGCAGUUAUCUUGGGUCAAUCGGUCGCUGGCUUUGACUUGUUUUUUCAAGUCCGGCGGCGAAUCCGUCGCCCGUCCAAAGCCAUCGAUUUCUUUGUGCUUUCGGAAAGUCGAAGUGCCAUUAUGAGUUGAAUAUGGAGACCUUUGGAGGUAUGCGUACAAGUGGAUCGAUUGCCUGUGUUGAGCUCGUGGAUGGCACACGGCGACGUCGCGACUGCAGGCAAGUACGCAUCGGAGAAAGGCAAAACACAGCGUCUCCAUGACCAGCGUUUGAAAGGUUCGACGACGUUGGGGAAUGUGGUUCGAGCGCGGUCUGUCGUAGAGAAGCAGUGCCUCAUGACUUUGACGAUCAUCAUGCUGAGGUGGCCAACGGACAGACUGCACGCAGAAUGCGCAGGCUGGUCCAUGAGUCGGAAUAUAUCGACUUCUCGCAAACACACAAUGUCUUCUACCCGUCCCAACACUUCAUCUCUCACAUGUACUGUAGUCUCGAUGGCCCCGAUUCAACAAGCCAUGGGACGCUAACCCAUGGCUUGUUGCACGAGGUCCGCGCUGUCGGACCGGGUGAAAUGGCUCGAAUCACCUUGCACGAACCAAGGAACAAAGAAA